UAUAGCCUAACCAAUCAAACGCUAACCGGCUCUUUUUCUUUUUUUGUUGUUUUUAAAAAUAUACAACUCAAACAUACACAAAACAAUGGCAAGUAAAACAAUUGGUAACUUAGCUAAAAUGUCGAAACUAUUCCAACCUAUGUCGAUCGAAAUACUUGACAAAAGAAACAAGGAAGUAUCUAAAAAUUUCAAGUUGCUAAGCAAUUAUGGAAUUAUUAAAUCGGUUAACACCGGUAUGUACGCUCUGUUGCCGUUGGGAAUGAGAGCUUUGAACAAACUGAUAGAUUUGGUGGACAAAGAAAUGGCGAAAAUUGGUGCAGAAAAAAUACUACUUCCAGCGUUAACUUCCACCGCAUUGUGGAAAAGAUCCGAUAGAUACGACUCUAACAAAACUGAACUAUUUACGGUUACAGAUAGACACAAUAAGGAAUAUAUUUUAAGCCCGACUUGCGAGGAGCAAAUCUGUGAUCUAAUUUCGUCUAUGGGACAUCUUCCUCAUAAGUUAUUGCCUCUGAGAUUGUAUCAAAUUUCUAGCAAGUGGCGGGACGAGAUGCAUCCGCGUCUUGAUCUUCUUCGUAGCAGAGAAUUUGUCAUGAAGGACUUGUACACAUUUGACAGCAGUUUGGAAUACGCGCAACAAACGUAUAAUUUAGUCUGCAAGUCUUACGAUAACAUUUUUAAAAAGCUUGGUAUAAAAUAUGUAAAAGCUGUGGGCAAUGUGGGAACAAUUGGGGGUUUGUCGUCGCAUGAGUAUCAUUACAUUACCGAAGCGGGUGAAGAUAUCGUUCUUCGGUGUCCUUCGUGUGACUUUUCUAUCAACGAAACUAUUGCCGAUACGUCAAAUUGUCCCGGAUGCAAAACCGAAUUGCACAAACACACCACUGCCGAAGUGGGACACACGUUCUUGUUGAAUACCAAAUAUUCUAAACCGUUUCAAGUAAAAUAUUUGGAGUACAAUGAGAUAAAUACGGCGGCAAUGGGUUGUUUCGGUCUCGGACUGAGUCGCAUUCUUAUGUUGGCCGUUGAAACUUUGUCGAUAAACAACGAAAUGAGAUGGCCUGUGAAAUUAGCACCUUACACAGCAUGCGUUAUACCUCCAAAGGUUGGAAGCAAGGAAGAAGCUACGUCUGCUUAUGUUCAGCAAUUGUCCGAGAUUCUUUGCAAGCGUGACAUCGACGCGAUAUUGGACGACCGGACACGUUUCACAAUCGGCAAACGAAUGCUCUACGCGCGCGCUACAGGAUAUCCUUACAUAAUUGUGAUUGGCAAGGCGGCGACCCAGUCGACGCCUUUGUUCGAACUUCAUGAUUUGAACAAUUCCGUUAGUCACGAGUUUACGCUCGAACAAUUAGAUAAUUAUUUUGCCGACAUAGAUUUGAGUUAAUUAAAACUGAAUCUAGAGAAAGAGAUAGAUAUAAAAAAAGAUGCGUGUGCAUUGCACAUACAUCUUUGAUUCGAACGUAGCUAUGACGUUAUGUUUUUAAUGUAUAUAUAAUUUAUAAUUUGUGUACUUGGUAAAUUGUUCUCUCAUGUACAAAACAUGCGACAGAUUUUUGUAAAUAAACUUGUCACUGUGCGAUUGUACAGAAGAGAUAUUGCAGAUUUGCGGACACGCGAGAGUUUUAAUGGUUCCUCGCAUAAAUUUUCACAUCAAAUCAGAAGAAGAGAGAUAAUAAAUUUUUCAAAUUUUUGUCUCGGAGAGAAAGUUCUGCCGAGGAACCUGGAAAGUUCGAUUUUCGAUUCGUGUGGUAGGUAGCUGCUGAAAUGUUCGAAUUCUCUCUGCGCGUUUUU